AUGGGUUACACUCAUACUGCUACACCAAAAUUGCACGUUUCCUCUGUUUCUGUAGCUGGUGUGAUUCUGGAGAGUCCUGUUCAUCCUUUGACUGAAGGAGAUACUCUGACUCUACACUGUUUAUAUCAACAUUCAACUCCACCAAACCUCAGAGCUGAUUUCUAUAAAGAUGGAUCACUCAUCCAGAAUCAAACUACAGAGAUGAUCAUCUCUACUGUCUCAAAGUCACAUGAGGGUUUCUACUACUGCAAACACUCAGAGAGAGGAGAGUCCCCCAAGAGCUGGAUCUCAGUCAGAGAAAGACCAAAACCAAAAGUGAGCAUUAAACCUGAUCAUCAUGUAUUCAGAGGAGAGACAGUAACUCUCAGAUGUGACAUUGAUGGUGAAGGAGUCACUAGCUGGCAGUACAGCUGGUAUAAAGAUUAUUCAAACAGUGUUUUCAGUGGACUACAGGAACACACAUUCAGUCCUGUUACUGAGUCUGACGCAGGUAAAUACUCCUGUAAUGGAGCAGAGAGAGGAGGAUCACGAAAAUCAAACAUCAGUGAUGAAGUUACACUGACAGUAUCAGAUAGACUCGAGGCAGUUUUAAGUGUUUCUCCACAGAAGUGGUUGACUGAAGGAAAUUCAGUGACUCUGAUCUGUGAGGUUUAUGGCUUCUCUACAGACUGGACAUUCAGCUGGUUCACGCUAAUUGCUUCAUCAGAAAGCAGCAAUCAUUAUCAGAUGCUCUCAGACAGCAGCAGAGGAGCUGGAGGAAACUACACUGUCAGUUCUGCUGCUCUAAAACACACAGGAGUUUAUGUGUGCAGAGCCGAGAGAGGAAAACCAGCAUAUAAAACAACCUAUAGCAACACACAGCCAGUAUGGGUCACUGGUGUUUCUCCUCGAGUCUCUCUGAUCAUCAGUCCCAGCAGAACUCAACACUUCAAAUCUGUCUCUCUCUCUCUGAGCUGUGAGGACCAGAGUAACUCUGAUAGAUGGAGAGUGAGAAGAUACACAGAGAGUGGGGGGCUGGAAGAUUGUUCAUCAUUACACCGGGCAUCACAAACAGGAUCUACAUGUACAAUCAACUCCACCAUCACAUCAGACACUGGAGUGUACUGGUGUCAGUCUGAAUCUGGAGAGAAAUAUCAUCCUGUUAAUAUCACUGUACACUCUGGUGUGAUUCUGGAGAGUCCUGUUCAUCCUGUGACUGAAGGAGAUACUCUGACUCUACGCUGUUUAUAUCAACAUUCAACUCCAUCAAACCUCAGAGCUGAUUUCUAUAAAGAUGGAUCACUCAUCCAGAAUCAAACUACAGAGAUGAUCAUCUCUACUGUCUCAAAGUCACAUGAGGGUUUCUACUACUGCAAACACUCAGAGAGAGGAAAGUCACCCAAGAGCUGGAUCUCAGUCAGAGAUGUUACCACACCAACUCUGACUGUGCUGCCACAGAGUUCAUUGUUCACUGGAGACUCAGUUACUCUGAGAUGUGAGGUGGAUCAGUCAUGGGAUGGAUGGGAGUUUCUCUGGAGUAAAAACUCAAACACUGAAUCUACUGAAGCUUCAACUAAAACAGUCGAUUCAGUGAAAGUCUCUGAUGGAGGAGAGUACAGGUGCAGAGCACGAAGAGGAGGAUAUUACACACAUUACAGUGAACCAGUAACAGUGACAAUAUACGGCAAGUAUUUACCAAAACCAAAAUUGAGCAUUAAACCUGAUCAUCAUGUAUUCAGAGGAGAGAUAGUCACUCUCAGAUGUGACAUUGAUGGUGAAGGAGUCACUAGCUGGCAGUACAGCUGGUAUAAAGAUGAUUCAAACAGUGUUUUCAGUGAACUACAGGAACACACAUUCAGUUCUGUUACUGAGUCUGACACAGGUAAAUAUUCCUGUUAUGGAGCAGAGAGAGGAGGAUCACGAACAUCAAACAUCAGUGAUGAAGUUACACUGACAGUAUCAGACAGACUCCAGGCAGUUUUAAGUGUUUCUCCACAGAAGUGGUUGACUGAAGGAGAUCCAGUGACUCUGAUCUGUGAGGUUUAUGGCUCCUCUACAGGCUGGACAUUCAGCUGGUUCACUCUAACUGCUUCAUCAGAAAGCAGCAAUCAUUAUCAGAUGCUCUCAGACAGCAGCAGAGGAGCUGGAGGAAACUACACUUUCAGUUCUGCUGCUCUAAAACACACAGGAGUUUAUGUGUGCAGAGCAGAGAGAGGAGAACCAGCAUAUAACACAACCUACAGCAACACACAGCCAGUAUGGGUCACUGGUGUUUCUCCUCGAGUCUCUCUGAUCAUCAGUCCCGGCAGAACUCAACACUUCACAUCUCUCUGUCUCUCUCUGAGCUGUGAGGACCAGAGUAACUCUGAUAGAUGGAGAGUGAGAAGAUACACAGAGAGUGGACAGCUGGAAGAUUGUUCAUCAUUACACCAGGCUGCACAAACAGGAUCUACCUGUACAAUCAGUUCCACCAGCACAUCAGACAUUGGAGUGUACUGGUGUCAGUCUCAAUCUGGAGAGAAAUAUCAUCCUGUUAAUAUCACUGUACACUCUGGUGUGAUUCUGGAGAGUCCUGUUCAUCCUGUGAUUGAAGGAGAUACUCUGACUCUACGCUGUUUAUAUCAACAUUCAACUCCAUCAAACCCCAGAGCUGAUUUCUAUAAAGAUGGAUCACUCAUCCAGAAUCAAACUACAGAGAUGAUCAUCUCUACUGUCUCAAAGUCACAUGAGGGUUUCUACUACUGCAAACACUCAGAGAGAGGAGAGUCACCCAAGAGCUGGAUGUCAGUCAGAGACAGACUCCAUGCAGUUUUAAGUGUUUCUCCACAGAAGUGGUUGACUGAAGGAGAUCCAGUGACUCUGAUCUGUGAGGUUUAUGGCUCCUCUACAGGCUGGACAUUCAGCUGGUUCACUCUAACUGCUUCAUCAGAAAGCAGCAAUCAUUAUCAGAUGCUCUCAGACAGCAGCAGAGGAGCUGGAGGAAUCUACACUUUCAGUUCUGCGGCUCUAAAACACACAGGAGUUUAUGUGUGCAGAGCAGAGAGAGGAGAACCAGCAUAUAAAACAAUCUACAGCAACAAACAUCCAGUAUGGGUCACUGGUAUUUCUCUUCGAGUCUCUCUGAUCAUCAGUCCCAGCAGAACUCAACACUUCACAUCUGUCUCUCUCUCUCUGAGCUGUGAGGACCAGAGUAACUCUGAUAGAUGGAGAGUGAGAAGAUACACAGAGAGUAAACAGCUGGAAGAUUGUUCAUCAUCAGUGUGGGGAUCACAAACAGGAUCUACAUGUACAAUCAACUCCACCAUCCCAUCAGACACUGGAGUGUACUGGUGUCAGUCUGAAUCUGGAGAGAAAUAUCAUCCUGUUAAUAUCACUGUACACUCUGGUGUGAUUCUGGAGAAUCCUGUUCAUCCUUUGACUGAAGGAGAUACUCUGACUCUACGCUGUUUAUAUCAACAUUCAACUCCACCAAACCUCAGAGCUGAUUUCCAUAAAGAUGGAUCACUCAUCCAGAAUCAAACUACAGAGAUGAUCAUCUCUACUGUCUCAAAGUCACAUGAGGGUUUCUACUACUGCAAACACUCAGAGAGAGGAGAGUCCCCCAAGAGCUGGAUCUCAGUCAGAGCUUCCCCCAGAACAUCAAGAUCUGAUGGUCUCUGUUUCAUGAUAGUUGCAGCGACUGCAGGACUGACCGUCAUAUUUUUGAUUAUUGCCUUCUUAGUCCUGCCGUGGUGCUACAGAAACAACAAAGGUGUAAGAUUUCCCUCUAGUGUCAGUCAACAGCAGAAUAGAAGUAAGACAUCAGAGCAGAACCAGAGUGACCCGGGAAACAACACACCGCUGUCUGGUCAGUCUGACAGCGUAAGUGGACCUACUGAACUCACCUAUGCUGAAAUUGAACUCAAAUCUACAAAGAAACCGAGGCAAAAGAAAAAAAACAAAGGUUCUGGAUCUAAUGAUGUGACAUAUGCUCAAAUAAAUACAUAUCAAGAGAAGAAACUUCAAAUCUCAUGUCACUGAUGGGUUUUGGUUGAGAAGGGUUGGAGAAUGACCAGGAUCAUCAAUGCUUUAUCAUCUUUGUGAUACUAAGCACUUGGUGGUGUCACGAUCAUUAGCUGGAGUGCCCAUGAACUUCAGUAGAGGGCACUCCACUCAGGACCAUUCCACCCAUCAACCACCAGAUGUCACCAUAUCAU